AACUUGUUGAUGUUCAGCAGUUUCCAUAUGAUGGUGUGGAUUUGUUUCUUCGUCUUGCUUAUUCUGAACUAGAUCAUAGUUUAGAUGAAGAUAAAAGGAAGAAAAAACUUUUCAUCGGCUUCACAACCGUUUCAAGCAUUCUCAUAUUGGGCAUCUUCGGAUACAUCUUCUGCAGGUGGAAAACAAAUCAAAUAGGAAAUAGAAGAAAUAGGAUUGCGGACCACAUUCCGGCUGAUACGUGUCAGAAUUCAAGCGAAAUGUCUACAGACAAUUUGUGGGAGGAGCAAGCAUUGCCAAAAGAUUCAUCAGAUCUACCACUUCUUGACUUUGCUAAACUGGCUAUUGCAACUGAUAACUUCAGUGAAGUAAAUAAGAUUGGAGCAGGAGGAUUUGGUCCCGUUUACAAGGGAAAACUGGAAGAUGGACAAGUGAUAGCUAUCAAAAGACUAUCUAGUCACUCUGGACAAGGAAUUGAAGAGUUCAAGAAUGAAGUCUUGCUAAUCUCCAAACUGCAGCACAGGAAUCUCGUCAGAGUAUUGGCCUAUUGCGUUCACGGGAAAGAGAAGUUACUAGUUUAUGAGUACAUGGCUAACAAAAGCUUAGAUACUUUGUUGUUUGAUUCAAAAAAGAGUCAUCAGCUUCCCUGGACAAAACGUUUCAACAUGAUUCAAGGCAUUGCUCGUGGCCUUCUUUACCUUCACCGUGAUUCUUGUUUAAGGGUCAUUCACAGAGAUCUGAAGGCAAGCAAUGUUCUCUUGGACGAUGAUAUGAAUCCAAAAAUUUCAGAUUUUGGAUUGGCCAGAAUUUUUCAAGUGACUCAAGAGCUAGCAAACACUAACAGGAUAGCGGGAACAUUCGGUUAUAUGUCACCAGAGUAUGCAAUGGGAGGACUAUUUUCUGAGAAAUCUGAUGUCUACAGCUUUGGCGUAUUGCUACUAGAGAUUGUCAGUGGAAAGAGAAACAGCGGAUUUUAUGACCACGAAAGGCAUCUCAACCUUCUCAGUUAUGCGUGGAAGCUACGGACUGAAAGCAACGGAUUAGACUUAAUGGAUAAAUCAGUUUUGGACUCAGAUUCCUCUGCAACAGUGCUGAGAUGCUUACAUAUUGGCCUGCUUUGUGUCCAGGAUCAUGCUGCUGAUAGGCCAUCAAUGCCGUCUAUCGUUCUUAUGCUAAGUAGUGAGAUGGAUCUUCCUCAACCAAAGCAACCUACAUUUAUAUUUCAAAGAUGGUUGAAUUCUAAUACCCAAUCGCAAAUCAGCAAAACUCAGUCUGUUAAUGAUAUUACUGUCUCUGUUGCAGAAGGACGCUGCCAACUUGCAGAAGCCACUUGGGAAGAUAUGGCUAUUGGCCAAACUCUACCAUCAAAGACAUCUUAUGCGGGAACCAAAAAAGGAAAGAAAAUGGCAUGGCCAAGAUGGGAUUUUUUUCUGUUUCUGAUGCUCGGAAGGAUGCUUUUAACGCAAGUCUCUGCUGAAAGUGAUACCUUAACACAAUCCCAACAACUGUCACUAAAUCAGACACUUGUCUCUGCUGGAAAAAUAUUUGAGCUGGGCUUCUUCAGUCCACGUAGCUCGAGGAGUCUAUAUCUUGGUAUGUGGUUCAAGAAUAUUCCAGGUCAGAGGAUUGUAUGGGUAGCAAAUAGAGAAGAUCCACUCCAAGCUUCUGAUUCUGGUGCAAUCUUGAAGAUUGGAGGUGAUGGGAACCUCAUAAUUAUGGAUGGCAAUCAAAAUAUCAUUUGGUCAACAAAUAUCUCUGUUCAGUCUAAUAAGACAUCUUCUGUACUUACAGACAAAGGGGAAUUCAUUCUUAAAGACGAUAUCUCGGGAUCAUCUUUAUGGGAUAGUUUUAACUAUCCUUGUGAUACCUUGUUAUCAGGAAUGAAUAUUGGAUACAACACCAGGUCUGGGGUAAAACUUGUUUUAUCGUCCUGGCAGGCUGAAAAUGAUCCAUCGCCUGGAAAGUUUACUAGUGGACUUUCGGUAGAAAUGCCACCUCAAGUCUUCACUUGGAAUAAUUACUCGAGGCCUUACUGGAGAGGUGGCCCAUGGGAUGGAGGGAACUUCUUAGGCAUACCUGAUGACGAAAAGGGGUAUGCAAGUGAUAUAAAUGUAGUAGUAAACAAGCAACAGGAAUCUGCCUUCUUCAGUUUCAAUAAUUUCAACGUUUCUGAUAUUAUAAUCAUGGUCCUAGAACCAUCAGGGCUAUUGAAUAUGAUGGAAUGGCUAGAAGACCUGAAUGCAUGGCAUGUCUUUUGGGAGGCACCAGCGAAUCCAUGUGAUGUUUAUGGAACUUGUGGUCCUUACAGUGUUUGUGACAUGGGUAAGUCUCCAGUCUGUGAUUGCAUGAGAGGAUUUGUACCAAAGUCAACUGAUGAAUGGAUCAGAGGAAAUUGGACUGGUGGCUGUGUGAGGCGAACUAAACUUCUAUGUGAAAUCAGUGCAAGUGGCAAUGCUACAGAGGGGUCCGAAAGUGACAACUUCUUGCAGCUGAGAGAGAUGAAACUGCCAGAUCACUACACAUAUUUUUAUGACUAUGAGGCUCAGAUCUGCAAGGAGUGGUGCCUCAAUAACUGUUCCUGUGUAGCCUAUGCAUAUCCAGAUGGAAUUAAGUGCAUGGUUUGGACUUCAGAACUUAUGGAUGUUCAGCAGUUUCCAUAUGAUGGUGUGGAUUUGUUUCUUCGUCUUGCUUAUUCUGAACUAGAUGAAGAUACAAGGAACACUAAACUUAUCAUCGUUUGCACAACCGUUUCAAGCAUUCUCAUAUUGGCCAUUUUCGGAUUCAUUUUCUACCGGUGGAAAGCAAAUCAAAGAGUAAAUAGAAGAAAUAGGGUUAAUGACCUCACUCCAGCUGUUAGGUCUCAGAAUUCAGAGGAUACAUCUACAGACAAUUUGUUGGAAGAGCAACAAUUGCCAACUCUUCUCGACUUUGCUAAAUUGGCAAUUGCAACUGACAACUUUAGAGAAAUGAAUAAGAUUGGAGCUGGAGGAUUCGGUCCUGUUUAUAAGGGAAAACUAGAAGAUGGACAAUUGGUAGCUGUCAAAAGAUUAUCUAGUCACUCUGGACAAGGAAUUGAAGAGUUCAAGAAUGAAAUCUUGCUAAUCACCAAACUGCAGCACAGGAAUCUCGUCCGAGUAUUGGCCUAUUGCGUUCACGGGCAAGAGAAGUUACUAGUUUAUGAGUAUAUGGCUAAUGGAAGCUUAGAUACUUUGUUGUUCGAUUCAAAAAAGAGUUAUCAGCUUCCCUGGAUGAAACGUUUCAACAUGAUUCAAGGCAUUGCUCGAGGGCUUCUUUACCUUCACCGUGAUUCUUGUUUAAGAGUCAUUCACCGAGAUCUGAAGGCAAGCAAUGUUCUCUUGGAUGAUGAAAUGAAUCCAAAAAUUUCAGAUUUUGGAUUGGCUAGAACUUUUCAAGUAACUCAAGAGCUAGCAAACACUAACCGGAUAGCAGGAACAUUCGGUUAUAUGUCACCAGAGUAUGCAAUGGGAGGACUAUUUUCUGAGAAAUCUGAUGUCUACAGCUUUGGAGUAUUGAUACUAGAGAUUGUCAGUGGAAAGAAAAACAACGGAUUUUAUGACCAUGAAAAUCAUCUGAACCUUCUCAGUUAUGCAUGGAAGCUACAGACCGAAAGCAAAGAAUUAGACUUAAUGGAUAAAUCAAUUUCGGACUCAGAUGCCUCUGCAACAGUGCUGAGAUGCAUACAUAUUGGCCUUCUUUGUGUCCAGGAUCAUGCUGUUGAUAGGCCAUCAAUGCCGUCUGUUGUUCUUAUGCUAAGUAGUGAGACAGAUCUGCCUCUAUCUAAGCAACCUACAUUUAUAUUUCAAAGAUGGUUGAAUUCUGAUACUCAAUCGCAAAUCAGUAAAGCUCAGUCUGUUAAUGAUAUUACUGUCUCUGUGGCCGAAGGCCGAUAAUCAAUUUAAUGUUGCUGAUCAUGUGAAAACUGAUGCAAUAACUUUACUUACCGAAUCUGUAUAAUAAUGUGUACAGAUAAUAAAGCUGAUUCUUAGUGUCUGAAUAUGUAGUUAGCUCAUUCUCUUUAUGGAAUAUAUGAAACGACAUUUUUUAUGGUGCUUGAUG